UUUUUUUAUAGAGAUCAGUGGGUCUAUGCCUGAAAUGCAGACUACAUAACUCUGGUUGGUUGUUUAUUUGGCGUCUCCAGACAACGGAAUCCAAUUGGCUGAGUUUCAUAUUUAGGGGAUUAUGAUACAUUUUUCAUUACAUAAUUUCUUUAAACAACUUGAUUAUUUGAAAGUAAAAAGUAUCCCUUUCCUCGACUUUGUUUCUUCGACCCAUGCAAAAACUACAGAAACAGGCAUAGACAGUGCAUGUUAUCAUGGGAUGCGGAUCUUCUAGGAGUUACCCUUAUGAAGUCAGUCAGCAAUGGGAAUCCGUAGAGAAAACCAUCGAGUCGAGGGGUCGACAGAAUCGGGUCACCAUCAGACGAUCGGGCUGGAAGACUGUAAGAGUAUUUGUGUCAUCCACAUUCCGUGACUUUCAUUCAGAGCGGGAUGUCUUGGUCAAAGAGGUGUUUCCUGACUUACGAGAGUGGUGCGAGAAGAGGAGGUUACAUCUUGUAGAAUGUGAUCUGAGAUGGGGAGUACCGAAAGAUACUACAACUGAAGAGACUCUUAGGACAUGUCUGAGCGAGAUCGAUAGAUGCUAUCAAGAAAACAUCAUGCCUUUCUUUCUUAAUAUGACCAGUGAAAGAUGUGGAUGGAUCCCAGGUUUGGAGGAAGUUCCAUCGAGUGUGGUGAGCGAUUAUCGUUGGAUUCAUGGCUUAUCCAUCACAGAGAUGGAGAUCAUGCAUGGUGCCUAUCGCAAAGAAAAUCCAAACUCCCUGUUUGCCUUGAGAGACGAGUCUUUCAUCAGUGAGAUACCUGAGAAAUAUAAACAGGAAUUUGUUGAUAGCAACCCCAUAGCAACCCAUAAACUCAAGAUGCUCAAGGAGAUGCUGCAGAAUAGAUUUGGGUUCGAUAGAGUCUUCAAGUAUUCAUGUUCAUACAAUGGGAUCGAUAUUGAUACUGGUAAGGUCGAUCUUGGAGAUCUGGACGAAUUUAAGGUCAAGGUGUUUGAUUUCUUCAAGAAGGCUAUCGGAGAACAGUAUCCCCUUGAUGAGAGUAGACAGUUAGAUCCCUAUGAACAGGACAAGGAAGCUCAUGAAUCCUUCAUGAAGAGCAGAAGCAGCAUCCUCCUAGGACGGAAGGAUAUCUUAGAAAAGAUUGAAUCAUAUAUCAUGGACAAAGAGAAAUGCAGUGCUCUCAUUCUUCUUGGUGGACCAGGGAGCGGAAAGUCUUCUCUCCUAGCUCGCGUUGCCGAUGUAGCAUGCCUUAGGGUUGCCAAGGGAGAUAUACCAAGUGGACAGGGACCAUGGAACAUAUUCUAUCACUUUGUAGGGGCCAUCCCCGGAUCCACAAACCCAGAGAAAAUGAUCAAACGACUCUUGAGAGAACUUAAAGUCUGCAAUGAUUCUAACAUGCCGAAGGAUUACGAAUCAGCAUGUCAGAUUGCUAGUAGCACCCUCUCAAACCCAAACACCAAGCCAACUAUUAUUGUCAUUGAUGCCCUAAAUCAGCUUGAUGAAGACAGAACUGCUUCAACGUUGAGAUGGUUGCCAUCUAAGUUAGCACCUCAGGUUCGAUGCGUCUUCUCUAUGAUCAAUGAGACACCACCUCAUCGUAUGCUGAGAGAGAGAAAGAACAAACCAGUAGAACUACCUGUUACUCCACUUGAUAUGGAAUCUAGAAGGGAGAUUGUCUCUGAGAUCCUUGGGAAGUUCAACAAGCGUCUUGAUGAAGAACAGAUGAUAAGCCUUCUCAGCAAGGAAGCAUCCCAGAAUCCUCUCUGGUUGUCCAUCGCUUGUGAAGAGCUCAGAGUCUACGGUGUCUUUGCCAAGGUCACAGACAAGAUCAACACCCUAGCAGAUGGUCUCCUAGAGCUCCUGGCCCAAGUCCUGGAGAGAUUUGAAGACGAAAGUGGAGGGAGUCUGAUGGUAGCGACCCUUUGUCUUCUGGAAUGCUCCUCAUCUGGUCUCCUGGAAGCGGAACUCUUGGCCAUUCUUGGAGAUGAAGAUAACCUUAUGCCUUCAGAUGAUGGAGAAAACAACAAAGAAAAGGGUGCAAGUGAAAAGAAGGAGAAAUCCAACAAGCUCCAACCCCUACCUGCCGUAAAAUGGGCCCAGGUUUACCGCGCCCUGCGACCCUUCCUGCGACCUUUCGGGGAUAGCGGGGAAGGACGUCUCGACUUCUAUCACCGCUCCCUGAGCAAGGCCAUCAGGAAGAAGUAUUUCAAUGCCCGGCUGGCUGGGGAGGGGGACGAGGAUGAAGACGGUGGUGCAGCAAUGAACGAAACCCUGCUAAGAUGGUGGAACACUAAGCUUGCCGAUUACUUUGAAAAUGUCUCCAAUAUUGAGAGGAAAGUGGAGGAAUACCCAUACCAGUUAAUCAAGCUUGGAGACAAGAAGCGUUUGACAGAGUGCAUCUGUGAUUGGGAUAUGAUCGAGGGUCUGUAUGAUGAAGACUACAGCUCACAGCUGCUAUCUUACUGGAGAAAGAUGGAUGAGAAAUACGACACGAUGGCUUCUAAAUUCACAGAGAUGAGUGAAGGUAUGACAGGUGAUGAUCAUAAGAAUACUGCUGAUAAGCUUAGCUGUCUUGCACACAUUCUGACGCAAGCUGGUCAGUACAAAGCAGCGCAGGGUAUCAUCAAUAAGGUCCUAACUAUAGAGACUGAUGAAUUAGGUUCUCAACCUGAGAGACUGGUGGAGAUCUAUGAUCUCUGUGGUGAACUCUUUGAUGAGAUUGCUAAGCUUCAUGAUUUCAUCACAAGAGAACAGAUUUCUGAUCUUAGACCAGCCAUAGACUACUGCAGGAAAGCUGUCGCGAUCAGAGAAACGUUAGAAGGACCUUCUCACAAGUUCAAAUUAGCAAACACGUUGAUGCGGCUGGCUUUCUCUCUGAAUACAUGGAUGGAAUGUGGAGGUGAUAACACACUCUUGCCCGCUGAAGCCUACGACGAAUCCAAGAAACACAUUGAAUCCUCCAUCCAGAUGUUCAAAGAGAUUGGAGACCUUGGAAAGGAGGCUGAAGCCAGUAUGACCAAAGCUAUUCUCUUUGAAAGGGGAAGUGAAGAACAGAAAGAGUGGUACCAAAUAUCUCUGGAACAAUGCCAGCAAGCUUUUGGAGAGAACUGUAAACUGAUGACGAGGAUAGUCAGUAAUACUGGUAUAUACUACGAAGACAUUCAGGAUUAUUAUACAGCUCAUGAUUACUUUGUUAAAUGGCAUCAGCUGUGUAUUGAGGUGUUUGGAGAGGGUCACCCUCGCACAAUAUCAGCCAAUAACUGCCUUAACGAGCCGCGGUACAAACAGAUCGCAAACGCCAAGGCUGUCACAGCACAGAUGCAGGAUACCAACAUCGAUGACGAGCUUUAUCAAGAAGGUGAUGAAGACGAUGAGGAUGACGAUGACAAUGAAUAUUAGGACGACCACCCGGGCAAUGUGGUAAUCGUAUCAUGAGACUCUUCCAUCAAUUUUGUAAAGUUUAUAAUGAUAUGAAGGAGAGUAUUUUUAUAUGUAAGUUGAUAUGCUACAUGUGUAUUAUUUAAGACAAUAGUUGGGUUAAGGUAUUGAAAAAUUCUAAGGAGAGUUUACUCUGCUGUAGUAUUUGAUCUUGAUUCUAAGAUACAGAGAUGCUCAUCAUUUUUAGGCUGACACAAAAUACAUGUUGCUGAACAAAAAGGUAAAUUUUUUUUUGCUCUGAGGAACAUGAAGAAAUCUACAAGCAUAUUUGAGGUACUAAGAACAUCAUGUGAACAUACAUGUACAUGCAUUCUGAUAAAUGAAUGUAAAAUGAAGAAACAUAAGUAUCUAGAAGUACUUUGAACUUUCAUACAUGUAUAUGAUGAAUUUGGGAGGGGUUACUUUAAUAUUCAAAUCUUGUGCAUCUCUGUGUAUUUUAGGUAUACACUAUAUUUCAAUACAGCAUUUGGCCAUUAAAGGGAUAUUUGGUCUCCCUGCACUGUGAAUCGAUGGUCAUUGAAUAAAACAGUAUAUGUCUUGUUUUCAUUAAAUCAUUUUAUAUACUCUUUCAGCUGCAAAAGUACAGUGCAUUUACUUAGAAUUAAUUGAAAUUUAAAUGUGAAAUAGAUAUUGAAGUACUUACUCUUGAGAUUUGGUAGCGAUGAUGUUUUACUUAUCAAACUUUAGUUGAUUUACUUCCUAUUUAAUAGGGUUAUUAGUGAUAUGAACUUGUAAAAUCAAAGUGCAUUUAUUUUGUGAUCGUACUGAGCAAUUUUUGAAAAGAGGAAUUUGUAAAUCUUUUGUUUCUUGAACUGGCAGCAACUGGUAAAAUUUCAUACUUUUUCAAGGUUUACUUUAUUAUCAUUAUUAUUUUUAGAUCUUUAACUUACUUCUUUGACUUAUAUCACAAGUUUUAGACUUUUAUGAUAUGCUUCAUGUGGUGUGAAAAUGAAAAUGCCUGAAAAGUAAGAUUUUGCUUUUUCACAAAACGAUUUCCUAAAUGUACUCAACAAAUCUGUCGCUUUGUGAAAAAAAGACAAAAGAGGAAGUUGUUUAUGAAUUUUGCCCAUUGUGAUGAGUGCUAAUCAUGUCUUGUACAUGUUUUUCACUUUGUAAAAUAUGUAAGAGCAAGUGGUAUCAAAACUUCCUUUCCAUAAUUUUACUCACAAGUUUAAUCCAAAUUUCUCCAACAGGGCAUUUAUGAAGAAUAGCUUGGCUUGAAUAAUCUGAAAAUUUAAAAUCUUAACUUUCAAUACAUGUGCAGUGUAGGUGGUAAAAUUGUUUGCCAUGCUAUAGGAUAAGUAUCUGAAUUUACAAUAUAAAAAAUUUAUAUCUACAUCAUGUAUAUAACCCUUUGAUUAGGAGUACACCGUAUCUGCCAGUUCAUGAAACAAGUGAUGAAAUCUUGUACCAGUGUUUUGACAUGUUUCAGGGCUGCUAAUUAUCUUCAAUACUAGAUGUCUUUCAGAUUUGUAUUCAAGUCUUGUAAAUAGUACAGAUUGAACAUUUUUCUGUGAAUGUAAAGUUGUGUGUGACUUGUUAACAAUGAGAAUUGUGAUUUGCUUCAUGACUGUAAAAAAAAGAAGUAAAUGUAUGUGUGGCAGUGGAUAGUUCUUUGCCUAUGUACAGUGUAUAUUUUUGUACUCAGUUUCAUACACUGCAAAUUUACUAGGUAAUAUUCUUAAGGUUUACAUGUAGCUCCUCCAGGCUUCACAAGAAUUUGAGUCCGCACUCUCAUGGAAUGCUGUCGUACUUCUUUAAUAAUUGAUUGAAAUUCACUGAGUAUUCAGAGUAUUCUAUUCUUCUCACUUCAUAACAAAAUUAUUAUAUUAUUGAUUAUUGUUUCAAUUUCAUGCAGCUUUUUUUUCUACAUCAUUGAAUCGAUUUGUUGAUAAAUGAGGUAGCAAAUGGCACUCCAUAGAUAUGUGGCUGAAGUUUGCCUCAGGUUAACGUAACCAUUGGUAUGAGAAUACCACCCAUUUUAUCUCAGGAAUUUUU